AGGUGACAGACACUAGAAGCCUGGAGCUGACGGUAUUCACGCCUCAGGAUGGAUAAAGGCUGCUGGAAACACACCCUUGUGGCUCUUGUGGUGGUCUUGGUCAGCACGUUUGCAGAAGCUUCCUUCUCCUGUCACAUGGAUGACUUCAUCAAGGCGGUGAAGCAGGUGGAAGACGGGGACCCUGGGUCAGAUCCGGUGGCUGUGUUGAAGAGGCUCCGCAGAGCAGCUGGCCUUAAUGAUGCAUUCAUUCAGCACUUCCUUGGUGAUGCCAACUCUGGUGGUCCUGAAAUAGAUGCUGCCCUCUCAGUUUACAUUAGAAAGACUGUGCAUCACAGGGUGACUGAAGAUGCGAAGGAGGAAGGUGUGGUGCUGACUUCUGAUGGCACCACUGUUGCCCUCAUGCCUGUCCUCUUGGGCAUCGAGGCUGGUCUCCUCUCCAAGACUGAGGGGGGUUAUCAGGGCCUGCAUCAGCUCACUUUGGCCAAAGACCUGGCUCUUUCUUUCAGGCACAGCUCUCCUCUCACCCCGGUUCUGGGACCUGACGGCUGCUGGGACAGUGUAACCUCUCCUCAAGUCUUCACCCUCUUGGACAGCCCCUCUCUGGUCACCACUGCUCAGGUCAACGGAGGCAUGGACGGCAUUGUUCUAGGGAUGGAAGCCAAAUCCAGACAUCCUCUCAAGCUCAGCAGUCUGCUGACAGAGUACUACUGCCACCAGCUGGACAGGGAAGGACUGGACGUCGCUCCACGCCUCAUCAGCCGGCGCCGCAGGGAGAACUUCAGAGGGCUGGUUAGCCGUCCAGUGCUGAUCAGACAGGUGUUGAAAUCACAAGAGCUGAUGCGGAAGUUGGUGGGCCGUCGAUUGAUGAGGGUGAGGCAACUGAGGCCUAUGGUGAAAGAGGGAAUGAGAGAGUUUGUCCAGAAGUACAUCGAGUGCCCACCCAUCAUACCCCGCUGUAUGUGGGGUGCAGAGCCGUACAGAGGAAACCCAACCAACCUUUCUCUUCCUCUCUCCUUCCUGUACAUCCACCACACUCACACACCGAGCAAGCCCUGUCUGACCUUCCAGCAGUGCUCUGCAGACAUGCGCUCCAUGCAGCGCUUCCACCAGGAGGACAGAGGUUGGGACGACAUAGGAUACAGCUUUGUCGCAGGCUCUGACGGGUACAUCUACGAGGGUCGAGGCUGGCACACCCGAGGAGCCCACACCCUUGGACACAACUCCAUAGGCUACGGUGUUUCCUUCAUCGGAGACUACAUGGCGACUCUGCCCUCCCAGCAUUCCAUGGGGCUGGUGAGAGAUAAGCUGGCAACCUGCGCUGUCAGUGGCGGGCGACUGGUGGCCAACUUCACUCUGCAGGGGCACCGACAGGUGGUGAACACUUCCUGUCCUGGAGACGCUUUCUAUAAUGAGAUCAGAGGCUGGAAACACUUUGGGGAGGUCAAGAAAUGAAAAUGGUCUACUUGACAAGCUGAUGAGCAUUGGAUGAACCAAAGCUGAACACAAUAAAUAUUUGUCUUAUUGUUA